CAUUUCUUCUUUCUUCUUUCUUCUUCUUCGUCUUCAACAACAAGCUCUCUGUAAAUGGCUUGUUUCUCUCUCUAGAAAAAGCUCACAUUCAUUCUUUGUUUCCACCAUUGAAAUCACGAGAACCCCAUUUUCUUGUUGAUGAUUGCUUUACAGUUUUGAAUUCUCUAACAUUGUAAGCUGUUUCAGUCAAUUUUUCGAUUACAGAAAAACUCAGUUCAAGAUUGAAGCUCUACAUUGUUCAAAAAUCACAUUCUAGUAGAAGAGGAGAUUAAUGGGGUUUUAGAGAAAUUCUGUUUUUCCCCAUUUUCGUCGAUUGAUUUACUUAUUGCAAUGUCGGGUUCUAGAAGAAAGAGGGCGGGUGGUAGGUCUACAGCUGAUGAGGAAUGUAGAGAUGGGGGAGGAUCGGCAUCGGUAUCUGGUUACAGUUCAAGUAGUUCUGCUACUGUUUAUCCGGAGCAGUUGAGUCCGGCAGUGUUGAAUAAGAUAGGGAAUAAUUGUUUGGUGAAUAGAGAUUAUAAUGAAGCUUUGAGAUAUUAUGAAGAAGCUAUUGCAAUUACUCCGGACGAUUGUAAAUUACAUUGUAAUAGAGCUGGUGCGUUGAUUGGUCUGAUGCGAUAUCCGGAAGCAAUGGCGGAAUUUGAAUUAGCUAUUAAUUUGGCUCCAAGACGUUAUCAACCACGCCACGAUUUCGGACUUUGGUUACUUUCUUUAGGACAGGUUGAAAAUGCAACAGAUCACUUAUAUUUCCUGGGUCACAAACCAGAUGAAGCAACGUCGCAGAAGUUGGAGGCAGUGAAGGAACAUAUCAACAAAUGCACUGAAGCCCGGAGAGUUGAAGAUUGGGCGACUAUGAAAAUAGAAUCUAAGGCAGCAUUUACUUCUGGAGCUGAUUCAUCUCCUCAGCUAUUUGCAUGUCGAGCGGAAGCUCAUUUGAAGCUAAACGACAUAGAGUAUGCUGAAACGUGGAUUUAUAUAGCUAGGAUGCAUAAGCCAUUCACAGCACGACAGUCAAAAAUUUUUGGAAUGGUCUCUGAAGCAUACGUAUUCUUUGUCCAAGCUCAGAUUCACAGCAGUGUUGGAAAGUUUGCUGCUGCGGUUACUGCCAUUGAAAAAGCUGCACAAAUUGAUAAUCAAAAUGAUGAAGUUACUGAUGAACUUGAAAACAUUAGGCUGGUGGUUGAAGCUCAUAAACAUGGCGACGAGCAUUUUUGUUCCGAAAGAUAUGAACAAGCUUGUACUUCUUAUGGGGAAGGGCUCUGGGUUGAUCCUUCAAAUCCAGUUCUCUACUACAAUAGAGCAGCUUGCUGGUCUAAACUUGGAGAGUGGGAAAAAUCUCUGGCUGAUAGCAACCGUGCUCUCCUAUACUGGCCACAAUAUGCUAAAGCUCUACACCUAAGAGCUGCCUCAAAUAUCAAGCUGAAAAGAUGGGCUGAUGCUGUGAGAGAUUAUGAGAUUCUGCGGCAGGAACUUCCACGUGACCGAGAGGUUGCUGCAAAUUUAUCCCAUGCCCGAGUUGAGUUACGCAGAGAAGCUCCAGAGGGGAAGGUGGAGUUGGUUUCAGAUGUUGAGAAGUUCCAGGCUGUGAUUGCAUCUGGUGAAUCUGUGGUCUAUUUCAAUGAAUUAACCAACCCAGAAUACGCAUGGAUGUCCUCGGUCAUGGAUACCUUGAGCGCCAAAUAUCCUUCAGUAAUUUUUCUCAAGGUGGUCGUGGAACAGAGCCGAGCUGCAGCAGAGAACAUUACAACACUACCUAGGUUUAGGCUUUACAAGGAUGGUAGUCGUGUGGGUACCGCAACUUUAGAUGUGUUGGAGAUCAUGAUUAAGGACAACCUCAUCGAUCCCAUCUAGAAAGGAUUUUACCCUCGUCUAUUCGUUCAUUUUGUUCCUUAUCUCCAAUAUACUCUUCCAUUUUAGAAGCAUUAGUGAAGAUUAUAGAGUUAGAAAGUUGCUGUUGCUGGUUGGAGUUAGAGGAACUAGAUCAUAACAUGUAUACAUUUUUCCCUAUUCAUUUGUACGUUAUGCGACUUGUGAAAUUACAUUGGAUGUAUUCUUGUUGUUGAUGAUCAACUCUAUUAUAUCUU